AGAAGACAGCGGCACCAGCAGGUAGUUACGGGCUGAAGAGGGCCACUACUUAACAAUCCUGACCACUUGUUGGACUUCAAGCUGACAAUUGUAAAGGGACAAGAGCUUAUUUUAAGUUACUGUGAUGGCAUCGACUGGUAAAAACUGCAUAUGUGUACAGUAAUUCCUGUAGUCAAACAUCGUUCAGUACCAAGACCAAAUAAAUAAUUGGAAUUGGCGAUGGCUGGCUAUGGAGCUCCUGUAGGUGAAAGAUGUCGCUUUUGUGGCCUGGAUCUCCCUCCUGAUGCUGUAACCGUCAUGACACACAUCAACACUCACUGGAGGCAGUUCAACUUGGAAUCAUUAUCUUUGAGUCCAUGUGCUUUUGAGCCACAGCUGGAUAUUCGAGUUGGUAAUACUCCUCUCAAUCCUGAAGAUUUAGAAGUUUCAUCUCACAUGGAACAGAGCUUUCAAUAUUCAUACUCACCACAGACAGAGCCUUCUAAUUUAACCAUUAGUGGGGCAAGAUGUUCUCCAUUAAACUUAACAGGGCGUCCCAAAUCAUCAUCUCCAUUGUCUUCACCACUACCUCAUGCUCCCCCUGUUGCUCCCCCACCUCCACCAAAUCAUCAGACAACUGUAGUUGGCCCACACAGCCUACCUCUUUCACAUCCUCAUCAUCAUUCAUUUUCUAUAGGGAUGUUGGGUACUCCUCAUGCCACUCAUCAAAUUCAACCAUUGCAUGUUAACCAAAACCUAGACAUAGAUGCACAUAUAGAGUCUCAUGAUGAUCAAAGUGGUGCACUGAGACGUAAAAGACGCCAUGAACGCUUCAUGGAGAUGAGAUGCCACGUGUGCGGCCGGACUUUCUUUACCAAAGCUUCCUUUGAUGAACACAUGGACAAUCAUAUGAAAGAUAACAGUGCUUACCUCAUGAGUGACCAGAUGGAUGGAGGGCAUAUAGUGCCAAAUGUUAUGUCUUGUUCUAUGGCAGACAAACCAUACAAAUGUGCAGUGUGUGACAGAGAGUUUACUUAUAAAGAGGAGCUUUUUGAACAUGCAGAAAGUCAUGAAGCUGCUAAACCUUACAAAUGUGAUAUAUGUGGGGCAGGUCUAUCCCACAUCAGUGCCCUGCGACGACAUAGAGUAGCACAUAGUGGAUACAAGCCUCACAGAUGUGAAAUUUGCAGCCGAAGCUUCUUCCAGAAAUGUGACCUCCAGAGACACUAUACAACCCAUGGUAAGUCAAAGCACUAUGAAUGUGGUGUCUGUAAAAAGAAAUAUUCUUCCCUCCACUUUCUUGAAAACCACAAGUGCAAAGCUCCAGAGGAGCCCAAACCCUUUAAGUGUAACAUAUGUGGUGAAGGUUGUGCAAAUAACAUGGCUUGGAGUUAUCACAUGUGGAAACAUACCAAAAACCCAAUUUUUGUUCCAUUUCAAGAAAAGUUUAUUAUGCAGACAGGACCAACAGAAAGUAAUUAAUUUACUUUUAAAAUUUCUGGCAUCUUAUUUAUUUAUUAAUUAAUUUAUUUAUUUAUUUAUUUAUUAUAGCUCUCUUUUCUGUAGUAUUAUAGUAUUGUAGUUAAACUUUAUUUUAUUAAAUAUAGCUUUAGAGUGAUAUUAUGUUACAAAAUAUUUUGCAAAUUAUUAUUUAGAUAUACUUUAAUGUGUGUCAGCAGUAACCCCCAUAUGUAACCUACCUGUGUACCAUCUUCCUGUAUCUAUACCCAUAACUAAUUUCCUUUCAUUGUCUUUUAAUACUUUUGUUGAUCUAUUUCCAUGGCACCUAUAUAUUCCUGUCAAUACACCAAUAUCUAGAAAUGGAUCAGACACAUUGUGAUGGAGGUUAGAACCUCUCCAGUAGUGGAGUGAACACAGCACAACAUGAAGUAAAAAUGGAUGUAGGAACUUAAUGACAUAUAUAGCAACCAAGAAAUGGUAUAAAAACCCCUGGGAACAUAAAGUAUUUACUUAAGAGUUACAAAGGCAGAACAGAUCAAUAUUCAAUAUCUUUAUUCCUGCACAUCCAUUGUUGUUGUUUCUUUGUUUUUUAAUUAUGUAGUACCAGAACAGGCGCUAUUUUGCACCGGUAUUUUAUGAUUAUUUUGAGAUAAAACAUUGACACUUUUUCUGUUGGUUGCCAAUUGAAAAAAUUUCUUUCAACAGAAUGAUAAAUACAAUCCAGAAUUCUUGUUUAUCUCUCUAAGGUGUAAUGUGUAUACUGUAUAUGCACUUUAUGUUAGCAAAAAUGCCUUAAAAAUAUGUUAUAUUAUAGUUGGAGAGUGUAAGAAACACUUGCAUUGACUAAUUUUGCUCCUGGCUAUUUACUUUGUAUUUUGAAUCUCCUCUUUUUAUGGUUUAUGGUUCCUUACAAGUGACUAGCUGUAGCCACCACCCAUUGCUAAUAUUACUAAGUCCCUCUUGGCAAAACCCACUACUGUACUGUAUUUCCAGGGAGUUUGAUUACUUAAUGGCAAGACACAUACAGUACGGUACUCCAUGUGGACACUGCUUUAUGCUGCAAGCAGCCAUCUAUGUCACUGAAAUCAAUAAUAAAUCAUUGAUUUAGUGGUUAGUUCAAGACCAAUGAGACCUUAAAUUAGGUGUUGAAGUCUCAACAGCACUCUUGUGUUUUGACCCAUCACAACCAUAAAAGUAUUCUCGCUUGAGCUCAUCAGUUCUUGCUGUAAAGCUGUGAUGUCAGCACCUUUUUUUUAGGUUACAGGUAGGCAGAGUGGAAGAAUUGUUUUUGUAUGUAGCUCAAGAGAAUUUUUUAUUGCAACCAGCCAAGAAUCAUAGCAAUUCCCAUGCCCAUCAGAAACUGUCUUCAGCAUUAUAAAUUAAAGAAAUGAAUUGUAAUAACCACUCCUACUCUGCUUCAAUGAAACAGAUGUUUGUAUCAGUUUGGUUGGUUACUGUGAAAAAGUGUAUUCAUGAGUUACAAGAUGUAAAAGUACUGCAUAUAAGCUUUGCCGUUUAGGAAAAGUUUAUAUACUUCCCAUUUUUGGGAGGUGAAAUUUUGGAGUUAAUUCAAGGGACAUUUUGUGUGAAAUUACCUUAUUUACCUAAUGGUCAUCCACUAGAAGUGACUAUUCCGAGGGAAGGAGGCCAGUGACCCCACUGGCUUGUGUAGGAUCCCUCCUUUGUUCUUGAUAAUUUUGUCAAGGGGUAUUUUGAAGCAAUUAUUGAAUAUGGCUAAACCAAUGGAUAGUGACUUUGAUUGGAUUUACACUUUUAAGUGUGUGUUAUGACUGUCAUACCCAAAUAUUCGUUUCAUUCAAUCUGUGUUACACUCCAGAGGAUUUUUGAAACCUUUGAAAACUUAAGUUGUGACAUAUAGUUGUGUAAGAGAACAUCCUGCUCUCCAUGCUCAAUGUAAGGGUAUGUGUACUGUAUUGCAUGUUUGCACAGAAAUAGGUUAUCCCUUCCUGACGUAUGACUCUGACAAUUGUUUACUAUGAAAGCAUAUCAACGUGAACAUCAGUGAAUUACACUCCAUUAUGAAUUCUUUAUAUAAAAGACUUGAAUAAAGCUUUAAAUUGAUUA